GGGGUAAUGUUUCCUCUCCCUGAGGUGAAGUACUUCACCUCAGAUAGUGUUACCUCGCCGAAGCAGCAGCAGCAGCAGGAGAUGGGCGACUUCCGAGACAUCAGAGGCUUCUUCACCAAGGCCGAGUGGAGCGAUCUGGCCGAGUGCGAGAAGCGGCGCUACAGGAACAUCAAGCAGAACCACGCCGUCCUGCUGAACCUUGGGAUGAACCCGGCCCAGCCCGAGUUCAUGCGCGCACGCGGCAAGCGCAGGGCGAGGGGGAAUGGAGCGGAGUGCGGGCGGUCGAGCGACUCCGACGAGGAGUGGACGGGGAGGAGGAAGAGGAAGGAGGUGGCGAUGCACGGAGGACGAAGAGGAGGAGGCAAGGGGGCUGCUUCACGCUGGGCCACCGUGGGAGAGUCUCACGCGAGGGCAGCUCCCAGCAAGCGCAAGACUAAAGCGGAAGCCCUGGAGUACGUGUGGAGCAUCCUGCAGGGCAUGGAGGAGGAGCAGCAGCAGGAGGAGGAGGAGUUCAGGGGAUUUGAGCUGAGGGAGGUGCACAAGGCCAGGAUGGCGAUGUUCAGGCUGGAGCGCAGAGCUACCGCCUGCAAGGAGGCCCUGAGGGUGGCGCUCCAGAGGAUACGUGGAGGCUCCUCCGUGCCGCCGGCCUCCGCCCAGGCUGUGGCGGUGUCGCGCAGCGCUCGCUCUCGCUACGGCCUGCGCCCGCGCGAGAGGAAAGUCUACACAGAGGUGGAGGAGCCCCAGGACGACGACUUCUUCUUCUGCGAGCUGUGCAGGGAUUUCUACCUGGCGGAGUGCUCCGUGCACGGCCCGCCAGAGUUCAUCGCGGACGCGGCCGUGGCCCCGGGAGUGGCCAACAGGGCCCGGCUCAGCCUGCCCCAGGGCCUCACCGUCGGCGCCUCCUCCAUCGCCGGCGCCGGCCUCGGGGUGUGGAGCAACAGGAAGAAGCUGCCCAAGGGGGUGAUGUUUGGGCCCUACCAGGGAGAGGUGUCUGAGGAGAACCCCGUGAGCGAGUACUGCUGGCUGAUUUACAAAAACAAAAAGGAUUGUGAAUAUGUUGAUGCUCAGGAUGAAUCUAAAUCAAACUGGAUGAGGUUCGUCAACUGCGCGAGGAAUGAGCAGGAGCAGAACCUGGUGGCCUUCCAGCACCGGGGGCAGAUUUACUACCGCACAUUCCGUGCCGUGGGGCCCGGCUCUGAGCUGCUGGUCUGGUACGGCGAGGAGUUCGCCCAGGAGCUGGGCAUCGCCUGCGAGGCCGGGCCCUCGCGACGCCGCAGCAGCAGCAGCGAGAUGGCUCCUAGGGCCACCGCCAGAGACCUGCAGCCCGUGCAGCCUCCACCAAGCGAGGAACACCGUGGAGUGGGUGUGGAGGUCACAAGGCUGCCGUGUCCUGCCUGCAACCGUCAGUUCAUCUGCCGCUCUAGUCUACAACAUCACGUGCAGAGGAGACACCCCACUAAGCCCAGUAACAAAAGUCAUCAGUGUGACCAAUGUUCAUUCAGCACGGACUACAAGUGUAGCUUGAAGAAGCACCAGAGAACACACACGGGAGAGAAGCCGUUCAAGUGCACCGUGUGUGAGAAGUCGUUUUCACAAUUAGGAACUCUUCACAGCCACCAGAGAACACACACGGGAGAGAAGCCGUUCAAGUGCACCGUGUGUGAGAAGGCGUUUGCACAUUUACAACAUCUUCACAGCCACCAGAGAACACACACGGGAGAGAAGCCGUUCAAGUGCACCGUGUGUGAGAAGUCGUUUUCACAAUUAGGAACUCUUCACAGCCACCAGAGAACACACACGGGAGAGAAGCCGUUCAAGUGCACCGUGUGUGAGAAGGCGUUUGCAAGGCUAGCAAAUCUUCACAGUCACCAGAGAACACACACGGGAGAGAAGCCAUUCAAGUGCACCGUGUGUGAGAAGGCAUUUGCACAUUUACAACAUCUUCACAGGCACCAGAGAACACACACGGGAGAGAAGCCGUUCAAGUGCACUGUGUGUGAGAAGGCGUUUGCACAGCUAUCACAUCUUCACAGGCACCAGAGAACACACACGGGAGAGAAGCCGUUCAAGUGCACUGUGUGUGAGAAGGCGUUUGCACAGCUAUCACAUCUUCACAGGCACCAGAGAACACACACGGGAGAGAAGCCGUUCAAGUGCACCGUGUGUGAGAAGGCGUUUGCAGACCCAUCCAGUCUUCGAUGGCACCAGAGAACACACACCGGCCAGAAUGCAUUUUCUCAUUCCCGUGGAAACAGAAAAGUCAUCCAUCCUGAGCAAAACGCGCACAGCGCCGAGCUCCCUGCCCCGUGCGACCAGCAGCAGCAGGAGAUGGGCGACUUCCGAGACAUCAGAGGCUUCUUCACCAAGGCCGAGUGGAGCGAUCUGGCCGAGUGCGAGAAGCGGCGCUACAGGAACAUCAAGCAGAACCACGCCGUCCUGCUGAACCUCGGGAUGAACCCGGCCCAGCCCGAGUUCAUGCGCGCACGCGGCAAGCGCAGGGCGAGGGGGAAUAGAGCGGAGUGCGGGCGGUCGAGCGACUCCGACGAGGAGUGGACAGGGAGGAGGAAGAGGAAGGAGGUGGCGAUGCACGGAGGACGAAGAGGAGGAGGCAAGGGGGCUGCUUCACGCUGGGCCACCGUGGGAGAGUCUCACGCGAGGGCAGCUUCCAGCAAGCGCAAGACUAAAGCGGAAGCCCUGGAGUACGUGUGGAGCAUCUUGCAGGGCGUGGAGGAGGAGGAGCAGCAGGAGGAGGAGUUCAGGGGAUUUGAGCUGAGGGAGGUGCACAAGGCCAGGAUGGCGAUGUUCAGGCUGGAGCGCAGAGCCACCGCCUGCAAGGAGGCCCUGAGGGUGGCGCUCCAGAGGAUACGUGGAGGCUCCUCCGUGCCGCCGGCCUCCGCCCAGGCUGUGGCGGUGUCGCGCAGCGCUCGCUCUCGCUACGGCCUGCGCCCGCGCGAGAGGAAAGUCUACACAGAGCAUUUAUGGACGGCCCCUUACUCUAACUUUCUCACACUCUCUCCUAUCUCUCUCUAUUGCUCCCGCGCUCUCACUCGAUAUAUUCCACCUGCUCCCUCUCACUCUCUCUCCCUUUCCCUCCCUCUCACACGCUCCCUUUCUCGCACUCUCACUUACCUCCCUGUCUUUUGCUCCCUCACUCAGGGAUGCAGGGAGGGAGCAGGGAGGGUGACAGGGUUUACAUCUCCGAUGAGCGAGCUAAAGAAGUUCACAAUGCAGAGAGGGAGGAAAGGAGGCAUCUGUCUGGAGCGCUCCUCACCCUCUCACUCUCUCACAGUGCCACUGCUGCUGCUGCUGUUGCUACUGCGGUUCGCCCUCCUCCUGCUGCUGCUGCUGUGGCUCUCAGUCUGCGAGCUGUGCAGGGAUUUCUACCUGGGGGAGUGCUCCGUGCACGGCCCGCCAGAGUUCAUUGCAGACGCGGCCGUGGCCCCGGGAGUGGCCAACAGGGCCCGGCUCAGCCUGCCCCAGGGCCUCACCGUCGGCGCCUCCUCCAUCGCCGGCGCCGGCCUCGGGGUGUGGAGCAACAGGAAGAAGCUGCCCAAGGGGGUGAUUUUUGGGCCCUACCAGGGAGAGGUGUCUGAGGAGAACCCCGUGAGCGAGUACUGCUGGCUGAUUUACAAAAACAAAAAGGAUCGUGAAUAUGUUGAUGCUCAGGAUGAAUCUAAAUCAAACUGGAUGAGGUUCGUCAACUGCGCGAGGAAUGAGCAGGAGCAGAACCUGGUGGCCUUCCAGCACCGAGGGCAGAUUUACUACCGCACAUUCCGUGCCGUGGGGCCCGGCUCUGAGCUGCUGGUCUGGUACGGCGAGGAGUUCGCCCAGGAGCUGGGCAUCGCCUGCGAGGCCGGGCCCUCGCGACGCCGCAGCAGCAGCAGCAGCGAGAUGGCUCCUAGGGCCACCGCCAGAGACCUGCAGCCCGUGCAGCCUCCACCAAGCGAGGAACACCGUGGAGUGGGUGUGGAGGUCACAAGGCUGCCGUGUCCUGCCUGCAACCGUCAGUUCAUCUGCCGCUCGAGUCUACAGUAUCACGUGCAGAGCAGACACCCCACUAAGCCCAGUAACAAAAGUCAUCAGUGUGACCAAUGUCCAUACAGCACAGACUACAAGAGUACCUUGAAGAAGCACCAGAGAACACACACGGGAGAGAAGCCGUUCAAGUGCACCGUGUGUGAGAAGGCGUUUGCACGGCUAUCACAUCUUCACAGCCACCAGAGAACACACACGGGAGAGAAGCCGUUCAAGUGCACCGUGUGUGAGAAGGCAUUUGCACAUUUACAACAUCUUCACAGCCACCAGAGAACACACACGGGAGAGAAGCCGUUCAAGUGCACCGUGUGUGAGAAGGCAUUUGCACAUUUACAACAUCUUCACAGCCACCAGAGAACACACACGGGAGAGAAGCCGUUCAAGUGCACUGUGUGUGAGAAGGCGUUUGCACAGCUAUCAGAUCUUCACAGGCACCAGAGAACACACACGGGAGAAAAGCCGUUCAAGUGCACCGUGUGUGAGAAGGUGUUUGCAGACCCAUCCAGUCUUUGCCGGCACCAGAGAACACACACCGGCCAGAAUGCAUUUUCUCAUUCCCGUGGAAACAGAAAAGUCAGCCAUCCUGAGCAAAACGCGCACAGCGCCGAGCUGUGAAUUAGUUUUAAACAACAGGCCACGUGACUAGCCGAGGCUGUGCCACUCUUGAAACUGAUUUUGAAUGUGAACACGGAAACCUACGGACCCUCCUACACCUGCCUCACACUCUGUGGGGGGUGGGAGAUUAAACCGACCUGGCCACCCCUCGAUUGCAAGUGCGGAGUUCUAGGUCCCAACCACUGCACGUGUCCCCCCCCCACCCCCAUCACCUGGGGGUCCCUGUGUGUGUGAGUGUGCAGAGUCCCCCGUGCAGAGCUGCACUGUUGUUACCCUAGAGGGGGACACCGCAGGGCGAUCCACCUACAGAUACCCCAGUCUGCACGUCUCCCGCCGGUCUCCAUGCGCACCGCGUGCCGUCUCGUAGCCCUGCCCCGUGCGACGUACGUACAGUACGUACAGUACGUACCCAUCCAGCGGUAGACUGAACCGCGGCCGAUGACGAAGGUGGCAUCCGCUCACAAAUCUCCGUGCACUCAGUCCCGUAGCCCUGAGCCAUCGCUUGCGCGAUAUUCACUUUGCCGCUGAGAGGAAAGCUACGGGGAGGAGGUGGGGGGGGGUGUUAGGAGAGGACAUCUGUGGAACGGCUGGAGAUCUGCGAAGAAGAGCUUCAUAGCUCAUCGGAUUCCUGCGGUCUGAAAAAAUAUUCCGAGAGGGCGUUGGGGGAGGGGGGUGUAGGUAUGAUUGGGGCAUCUGCACUUGGAUCACCCUGCGUGUUGUUGCUGCCUCCCCCGUUGAAAAUGUUCCCAGCGUGAACUUAACCCUUUGCCGUCGCGACGACGCCGCGCGCCGUGCGUGAACGUCGUCGUCGGAAUAACAAAACGCAGUAAAAACUAAAGCAACAUUAUCGGUACCGAGGCUCCCACAGGGCCACGCGGGGCAGGGAGUGUGGCACAGUUUUCGCGCCGGCUAGCGCAGAGUGGCGGCGGUCGUGUCGCUACGCUUCUCUGCGGUGAGCAACGACGUCUUUAUAACAACAACAGCAGUGCUGCUGCUGCUGCUGCCACUGCUGCGGUGAACGGUGACAGCCACCCCGUGACCUGUGACCCCCACCCCGUGAACGGUGACACCCACCCCGUGAACGGUGACACCCACCCCGUGAACGGUGACACCCCAUGGGUGGAAAAAACCCGAUUUUUCCAGCUGCAGGCAUCGGGUUUUUUCUUUAACACAAUUAAACCCGAUUUCGGGGAAUUAAAACCUGGUUUAAUGAAUACGAAACUCUGAUAGGCUUAGGCUGCUUCCUCGUCGGUGCUGCUAUGGUACUCGGGGCCGUCGGGCACGGGGUAGUCGUAGAAUGCGGCGGGCAGGUUGGUCUUAAUGAACACGAGCUUCUCCACAAUCGUGGGCGCCAGUGAGUUCCUUAGCUUGGAAUGGAUGAAGCCCAUCGUUGAGAAGUGCGGUUCUGCAAUUAGAACCAAUGAAACCGGAUUUCUCUCAAUCUUAGAUGAUCGGGUUUAAUAUAAAAAGACAAUUAAACCCGAUUGUAAAAAACCCGACUGUGCCACCCUUGUGACACCCACCCUGUGAACGGUGACACCCACCCCGUGAACGGUGACACCCACCGACCCUGCAACUCUGCAGACGUCUCGGACGCGGGAAAGGGUUGAGAGAUUUUCUGCGUCGUCCCGGUUGCUCGCGUGAUGUCGCACGGUGGUGGCGCGCGUUGACUCUUGCACGUUUAAGAAAGUUGAGCGUUAGUUUGUGAUUCUGUUUAAAAUGAUAUAUAUACAUACUUAAACUAACAAACAUUAUCUUGGGAUUCUACCAAGUAAGGUCCAACUGGAUACGUAGUAGCUCUUUUAUCAGACGCGACCACCUGGCCAUCACAAAUGAAAGCUCAACGAAGUGGCUUAUCAUUGUGUGGACAUUUAUAGCGGCCAAAUACUCUGAUUGCGUGAUCUCGAUUCUAAAUGUCGAGGGAAAACCGGAGGACCUGGAGAAAAUCCACACGACCACGGGGAGAGAGAGAGAGAGACGCGCAAACUCAAAAUAUACAGCAGGCGUCAGGGUCGGAAUCAAACACACGAUCUCCUGUAUACCAGGAGAGGUAGUUAACAUCUCCACAUGUGUUCAGAGUAUUUGGCUGCUGUAAAUGUCACGUGAUAAGCCACUUCGGUGCGCUGCUGUCAUUUGUGAUAGCCAGGUCGCUACUACACAGCUCAGUGGGGGCCUUACCUGGAAAAGUAAAAUGAUUAAUAAAAAUCUACUGUAUUCUUGGUUCUUUUGGUAAAGUCACGUAGAAGGGAAAUAAUAAAAUAAUAAAAAUGUAAGAAUCAAAUUAACACGACGUUUCGAUUGCAACACAA